GCGGCAUGUUGCCCUGGACCCCCCGGCGUUGGGGCGCGGGCGAGGAGCAGGCGCCCGAGAAACAAGGCCCCUCGGCGGGCAGCGACCCCGGCCAGGCCUGGGACUCUGGAGAGGAAGCCCUGCGGGAGCCAAGAACAACCCCACAGGACAGGUGGGCUCUGCCGGCGGCACUUGGGCGAAACCCGACGGGGGCCCACAGUGUGAGAAGAUCUCAUUUGUCCCUAGCGAAGAAAGGUCCUCAGCCCUGGUCCCGAAGGCCUUCCUGGGCCCGGAAAGAGCAGCUGCUGCCUCGGCCGCCCCCAGGCCUGGCUGCCGAGCGGUCCCCGGGAACCCCAGUCCAACCCCGCCCCCCAGUUCCCCUCUCCCCCGAGAUGACCUGGGAGGUGGCCCCGUCAAGGAUGACCCUGCUGGCGCCACGGAACCCCAACUGUGAGGCUAAACCGGGACCUCGGCUGGUGUGGGGGCUCAGCUGUGAGUCAGGCACCUCGUUCUCAGGCCGGACCUUGCGCCAUCCCUCAUUCUGCCCUCUGUACGAGGCAGCCUCAGGCAGAGGCCUCAGGCCCAGCCUAGCAGGACAUCAGAGUGGAGAGCAGGCGCCCAGGGAUGCAGGGUUCCCGGUGAUGUGCUCUGAAGAUGUCUUUCUUUCUGACCCUCUGCUGCCCCGUGGGCAGCGUGCUCCCCUGUACGUGUCUCAGGCCCGUCAGCAGGUGAUGGGCUCUCUGAAGCUGCUGCUCCCACCCCCAGUCAUGUCCCCCAGGGUCCUCCCCACUCCAUCCUCUGGCUGCUCCACCGCCUGGCUCAGUGGGCCUGAGCUGAUCGCCCUCGCUGGCCUCCUGCAGAUGAGCCAGGGGGAGCCAAGACCCAGCUCCCCGGGGGCUCCCAUGCCCCCUGCUGGCCCCCCAGACCCUGCCUCUGACCACCCAGGUGCCAGUGGUGGCCAGAGCUGUUCUCACUGCACGGACCCAUCUCUCCCACGGGCCCCAGACAGCCAAGGUCCAUAGCCCCUCUUGGGGAGAGUGGGCCCCCUACUUCCCCAGGCAGGUUCUGUUGACAAUAAAACAGUAUUGGUUUGCGAA